CGUGACGUUCAUAGUGUGUCCGGUGUGUGGCAUGAAGGAGAAGUCCCGACACAGCAGUAGUUGCUUGACGACAGAAAUGAGUAAACACACUCCAUCAUAUUUGAGACAGCUAAACAGCGACGUGUAGUCGACGGCACAGAUAACGCGGUUACAAUCCCUUGCUUUUGUUAUCUCAGUUCAUUAGUAUGUUGUCGGUGGUGGGAAAGGCUCCGCCGUAGCUAAAGUAUACCUGUGGACUUCCUCCAACCUGUCUGUUGCUGCGUCAGUGGCCGUAAUGCGUUUCAACGAGAAGGAGCUGGUCUUCCUGAGCCGCCAGCCCUCAGAGAAGGCUGCUGAGCUGGGGAUGCGAGGACCCAAGAAAGGAGACGUUGUGAAGAAGAGGCUGGUGAAACUCAUCGUUAACUUCCUCUUUUAUUUCCGGACCGAUGAGGAGGAGCCAAUUGGAGCUUUGUUACUGGAGCACUGUCGGGUGGAGAAGGAGAACAGCAAGACUUUCUCUGUUGUAUUUUUAGAUGAAGCAGAGAGGAAGUACUCGUUUGAGUGUGACUCUGAAGAGCAGUGUGGGGAGUGGACAGAUGCCAUUAUCAAGGCCAGUUAUGAGUUCAUGAGGAAAAACCUGAUAUUCUAUCGAACAGAAAUCCACAGGCUCACUGGCAAGGAUCCCUUGGAGCAAUAUGGUAUAUCAGAUGAAACUCGCUUCCAGGUCAGCAAUGGCCUGCAGCUCAUGCCUAGAGAUACCUCCUCCCUGUAGACCAGCGCCCCAUGUCCAGAUGUACUUUGUCUUCAUUUUUAGUUCAAACUGCCAUUCCAACAUUCAUUUUUCACUGGUCUGAAAAGUGUGGCAUUACCACAAGCACACAGAUCUUCACUGCUCUGAAUGUAUUUAACGUUGCUCCAGAUUUUGAGAGGGGUUCUUAUGUAGGUGUUAUAAUAGGGUAUCUGAGGCCAUUUAAAAUAAACUCUGAUCUUUAUGUCACCGUCAAUCGUUACAGGUAACAUAGGGCUGUAGAAAAUUCAACACUGUCUUAUUUUUGGUUUAGGGAAUUUUACAUGCAGUUUUCUCUGUCACUGUUAGACAUUGCCUUGGUUAAUUUGUUUUCUGUAUGAAACAUAUGCACUAUGUUUUCUACUAGACAUGCUGUAAAUUUCGACAAUGUGAUUUGUUUUUUUUUUUUUUUUUUAGAGCCUCUGAUUGUACUUUGGCUGUAGAUGAUGAUGAUUUUCUUUCAGGACUAGCAAUAUGAACGUGACGUUGUUUAACAAGAAAUAAUCCGGGACAUAUGAACAUUUGGUGUAAGAAGUUAAUAAUUUUUAGACACCCUGCCCACUUCAGAAAACCUUUGACAGCAUUUACUGUCUGGAUUUGAACUGCAUGGGCCCUAUAAUCUGCUGACUUGAGCCACCCAUUUUACUCCAUAUUUGCCUAUGUGAAAGAACAUAUUUUGCUAUCCUAAUAUGUAUUCCUCAUGUAGUCCAAUUAGACUACUCCAAUUAGUUUUAAAAACUAUACUUUUGCACAUUACUUGGUGUUAAGGGUUUUUUAAAAUUAGAACUUCAGUAACUUACUUGAACCUACUGUACCUUUUCUGUGGCACUUUGAAUCAGAUUGAUUUAGGUAAGCUGUUGGGAUGUUGCAGCUAACGGUAGGGUGAAAGGCUGCACACACUUCAUUAUGUGGCAUUGCUGCAAAGUGGUAAAAUGUUUAUUUCGACAGUCAGGAGUCUACAACAACAAACAUUUGUGUCACUGAAUGUGUCUUUAUUUUUAACUUUUGCACAUGGAACACAUUUAGUCUGUUUUUUAUUUUUACUUUACUAGAUUAUAUUUGUGUCACUGGCAUGUUUUUUU